AUGAACAAGAUCCGAAAGUUUUUCCGCGGAAGUGGGCGAGUCCUGGCAUUUAUAUUUGUAGCUUCUAUCAUCUGGCUGCUCUUUGACAUGGCAGCUCUCCGCCUCUCAUUCAGUGAGAUCAACACUAGGGUUCUGAAGGAAGACGUAGUCAGAAGGGAGAGGAUAGGGUUCAGAGUUCAGCCAGACCAAAUGAAGAUUCUUUACAGCAGCAUGAAAGAGAUAAAGCCCCCACUCAGGGGCCACGGGAAGGGCAUAUGGGGCAAAGAGAACUUGAGAAAGACGGAGGAGGGUGUGCUCAAGGUUGAAGAUGAUUUGGACCAAAUCCAGAAGGAAAGACGAAUACAGAAAGCUCCAGGAAGUGUCAAGAUUGCACCUUUGUGGCAUCCUGUACAUCUGCAGACCUUUCCUGUGACUUUUACCAAGCCGAUGACAGAGGAACAUGCCAUCAAACCUGAAGCCUAUUCUCGCCCUGUGACCCCAAAGCAAACGACAGCUCAGGGGGGUCAGAAAACCACAUUCAUAGCAGCCGGAGGAACUCCAUUGCCCCAACUAUCUCUACACACAAGACCUUUUGGUAUAAACCAGGAGGCCCAGAAGAGACAUAGUCACAGCAGUGACACAUCAAAACAAGCCGCUGAAAGGACCCUGGAUGUGACCAUCAGGUUUAAUAGUGACAGAUCAAAGCAGAUAUCACAUGCCGUAGCAAAUGAGAAGACACUCCCUGCCAGUCCACCAGUGCCAAAAUCUAGGGAAGCCUUAACCUUAAAUAAAACUGAGGCUCAGAGAAAAUAUCUAACUGCAUAUAAACACAAAGCCAAUAAGAACCUUCCCUUUCCCAAGUUCUCUGCCAAUUUAAAUCACUUAAAGAAGCAAUCUAUUAAUGAGACUCAGUUGGGAGACUUGCCAAAGGAUGAUGGAGCCAAAGUGGCUGGUGGGAAGAAAUUCAAUUUUUCUGAAAGCCAUGUUGUGAUUAUAACCAAGGAAGAGGAGCUAAAGACAAACACCAAAGAGGUCCCUAAUCCUAAAAUCAAAACUGUAUUUCCUUUCGUAUUGGGUGAAAGACAAAGAAAACACAUUUCCAAGGACAGAAGUGAGGCAUCUUUCUCUUCACUUGCUCUCCAGAGAGCAAGAGUGUCUCAAACUAAUCACGUCUUAGCUGGGGGACUAAAGCCAGCAAGAAUCAGCUUAAAUGCCACGGUCCAGCACGAAGAACUCAACCAAAGGCAUACAAAAGCCCUUUCACCUAAAGACAGCGAAAUGCACCAAGUAUUAAGCAUCGAUAUGACACUUUCUCCAAGGGACCCCAAAGCCCCAGGGCAGUUUGGACGUCCUGUGGUUGUGCCCCAGGGAAAGGAGAAGGAGGCAGAAAGAAGAUGGAAAGAAGGAAACUUCAAUGUCUACCUCAGCGAUUUGAUCCCAGUGGACAGAGCCAUUGAAGACACAAGACCUGUUGGGUGUGCAAAGCAGCUCGUUCACAAUAACCUCCCAACCACCAGUGUCAUCAUGUGCUUUGUGGAUGAGGUGUGGUCCACUCUCCUGAGAUCUGUUCACAGUGUCCUCAAUCGCUCUCCUCCACAUCUCAUCAAGGAGAUUCUGCUGGUGGAUGACUUUAGCACCAAAGAUUACCUAAAAGAUAAUUUGGAUAAAUACAUGUCUCAGUUUCCAAAAGUUCGGAUUCUUCACCUCAAAGAGAGACACGGUUUAAUAAGAGCCAGACUGGCAGGGGCACAGAUUGCAACAGGUGAUGUGUUGACAUUCUUAGAUUCUCACGUGGAAUGUAACAUUGGUUGGUUGGAACCUCUUCUGGAAAGAGUUUAUUUAAGUAGAAAAAAAGUAGCCUGUCCAGUAAUUGAAGUCAUCAAUGAUAAGGAUAUGAGUUACAUGACAGUGGACAACUUUCAAAGAGGCAUCUUUGUGUGGCCCAUGAACUUUGGUUGGAGAACAAUUCCUCCAGACGUUGUUGCAAAAAACAAAAUUAAAGAAACUGAUGUAAUAAGGUGCCCUGUCAUGGCAGGUGGAUUGUUCUCUAUUGAUAAAAAUUACUUUUUUGAACUUGGAACUUAUGACCCUGGGCUUGAUGUUUGGGGUGGAGAAAAUAUGGAGCUGUCAUUCAAGGUGUGGAUGUGUGGUGGCGAAAUUGAGAUCAUUCCCUGUUCCCGAGUGGGCCACAUUUUCAGAAAUGACAACCCAUAUUCCUUCCCCAAAGACCGGAUGAAGACGGUGGAGCGGAACUUGGUGCGGGUGGCCGAGGUCUGGCUUGACGAGUACAAGGAGCUGUUCUAUGGCCACGGGGAUCACCUCAUAGACCAAGGGCUAGAUGUCGGAAACCUCACCCAACAACGGGAACUUCGAAAGAAACUAAAAUGCAAAAGUUUCAAGUGGUACCUGGACAAUGUGUUUCCUGACUUGAAGGCUCCCAUUGUGAGAGCUGGUGGUGUGCUUAUUAACGUGGCCUUGGGUAAAUGCAUUUCCAUUGAAAAUACCACAGCCAUUCUGGAAGACUGUGACGGGAGCAGCAAGCUUCAACAGUUUAAUUACACCUGGUUAAGACUUAUUAAACAUGAAGAAUGGUGCUUGGCUCCCGUCCCUGAUCAGGGAGCCUUGAGGCUGCACCCUUGUGAUAACAGAAACAAAGGGCUGAAAUGGCUACACAAAUCAACAUCAGCCUUUCACUCAGAACUGGUGAAUCACAUUGUUUUUGGAAACUAUCAUCAGUUGUUAUGCUUGGAAGGAAAUCUUUCUCAGAAAACCCUGAAAGUUGCUGCUUGUGACCCAAAGAAGCCAUAUCAAAAGUGGAAAUUCGAAAACUAUUUUGAAGACUGA